AUGAUGGAGGCGUCAAAAUGGGCCCUACACAAGUACCUGCUUCCAUUUCUUGUCAUUUUGCUCACCUGGGGCGAUGGGAAGUCCUGGGUAAGCUGCUUCAGCAGAGAGGGCCAUGAGGCGAUUGGAAUGGUUGCCAUGUCGGGGUUAAAGAGCGAGCAGCUGUACGAACUGAAGAAAUUAUUGAGCGGAAAGGACAUAGUAGACAUUGGAAAAUGGGGACACCUAGUCCAUGAGAAAAUAAAAGGAGCGGAGUCGAUGCAUUUCAAUUUACAAAACGGCGACUGCAAGAGGGCCGUCUUCAAGUGCGAAGAUGAAAAUGGCCUCUGCCUGAUCAACUCGAUAAAGCACUUUUACGGGAGGUUGGCUGGCAGUCACUCGGGGGAGCCAACCGGUCAACCAAGUGAACAAUUAACUGAACAAACAACUGGUCAACCAACCGAUCAGGCAAAUGAAGAGCACGCGUCAAAGUCUGCCGUCCCCGGGGUGAAGGACGUCCCCUUCAAGUACCCCAAAAACAUCGCCUUCACAGACGCAGACGCACUAAAGUACCUGGUCUCCCUCAUCGCGGACAUGCACCAGCCAUUAAGAAUAGCAUACCGAUACGACAACGGAGGGAAGGACAUUAAAGUCAUUCACCACGAUGACUACAAAACGGUGAAAACCACUUUGUUCGAUUAUAUGGAGAGCGAGCUAAUCAACAAAAUGAUGAAAAAGUACCAGUCAGCAUGGUAUGGAGGGUGGACACAUGUAAAUAGACUAUUUGACGAACAUAAAAAGGAUGAAAAAUUAUUUAGUGAGAAAGGAAUUCAUGCGAUUGAUAUCUGGGGAGAGCAAAUUGUAAAUGAGUUCUGUUCCGAGUUUUACCUGAACAGCUAUGUAACAAAUUUUAUGGUUGGGAAAAAGGAUGAGUUGCAUUUUGAUACAUCCAAGGAGAUCGAAAUAACGUACGACUUGGAGUUCCACUUGGAGAGACUUCUUAAAGUUAAUAUUUUGAGGGCCGGCUCUCGCAUAGCCAUCCUGCUCAACAGUCUCUUCGCAAAUAGGAAGUUUUCCAGCCUGAGGAAGAAGUCCGAGUUUGAUAGAGUCGAGUACGAGCAGCUGGAAAGGAACAAAACAGCCUCCGUUUAUAAAAAAAAUGCCGUAUUUAUAAAUUUGGCGAUCAUUUUUCUAGUGUUGGCAGUGAUAUUCUACUACAACUUCAUUUUUAGCAGAAAAAAUAAAAUGUACUUCCCAAGCAAGGCAGAAGAAGUCGAGUUGCAGGCUAAGUGCAAUUGA